GACAUCAACGUGGUGUCAGAUCGUGUGAUUCGAUUGUGACGCGCUCCGAUUGGUCGAGAGGAUCGAUGCCAGCGGGGCGGAGAAGGGAGUUUGACGUCUUGGUGACAAGUUGAAACUCGGAGCGACGGUCUGUAGGGACUAGCGUCGUGACUCGUGGACCGACUGGUUCCGACGGGCUGCGCGUCCCAGGAAACCGAAUUCGUUUCCCGCGAGGAACGCGUCGUCUAAUCGUUAUACCUACACGAUUUCAAAUACAGGCAUCGAGAUCGUCGGUGUUGCUGAGAUUUAUCGCAUACAUCGUCUUCAGUGUAGUUACCACGUGGAAAGUUUGAAGGCCGGUUAACGCGCUUUCGGAAUCGUCGACGCACGACUUUAUCCAUCGUUUCUUUCGAUCACGUGAGAACUGAUAACGAAUCUCUGGCCAAUGACUGCGUUAGUACAUUACUGUGUUUGAAAUUGUGAUAAAACGGAUUACCCGCGCGUUAAUUGUGAAUCAUAAUACAUCAAGUUACGUCGUACAUUCGUCAACGGAACAUAUCCUAAUACUACCAAACAACAACAACAACAACAACAACAACAACAGUGCAAGUGUGAAAAUCUCGUUGAAAGUGCAACCUUUUCUUUUCGUUCUAUUCUUAUUUUUUUUUUUUUUUUUCUUUACUUUGUUAUCAUAUUCUCUCAUCGUUUCCUCUUUUAUCGAGGAACGCAAACAUGCGUUAAUAGCCGCUAAUUCAGAUCCGCAUCAAUCCCUGCGAGGAACAAAGAGAAACAGUUGCGUUCGCUCGGUGAAAAAACCGGUACGGUUAACCCGGGGCGAGUAAGCCCGGAGUUGGGUUGCUAAAGAGGAAUUUCGGAAAUAGGCAACCAUAACGAGCCUCGACGGGGUAAACGGGGCCAACGGGGCUUUGAAUAGUGGUGCGACGUUCGGCUACGCGGGUCGCCAGGCCGGCUCGGGGGGGCCGGGCCCGGGUGGAGUGAUGAGCUGCCCCGAGGUCAUGUACCAGGCCUACUAUCCGUACCUCUAUCAGCGGGCCCCGCCGCCCCCGCACCCGAGCCACCCCCAUGCCGUACCCCACCCCCAUGCCCAGGGCCAUGCCGCCCCCCACACCGCCCACGCCGCACACGCCGCACAUCCGGCUCAUCACAGCCCUGCGAGACCCGCGCCUUUUCAACCCUUUUCCACGGCCUCUGCCACCCACCAGUACGACAGGCUCAAUGUCCAUCAAAGAUCGUUGGAAGCAGCGGGCCUCGAGCUUUGUGGCGGUGGAGGAAGUGUGCCACAGGGUCAACCCAGUAGCGCUGGUUCCGUCGGGUCUGCACCCAGCCCGGCAUCCCCUAGACCUACGCCUCAGCCGCGACCCCCCCUGGCAACGACCACCUCGCAGGGGUCCCGGGCCCUCGACGACGAAAGAUCAACUGACGCUGUGGGUGGUGGCGGCACGGAGGAUUCGGACGACGGAGAAAGCAGGGCGCAGUACCUGAACGCAAACUGCGUGGUAUUUACCCAUUACCGAGGAGACGCAGCCUCGGAGGUUGACGAGCACUUCCAAAGGGCCUUGACCCACGACAAGUUGAAAGAAAAUACGUCUCCAAUGUCAGCGAGAAAUUUUCCACCAUCGUUUUGGAACAGCCAACAUCCCGGGGACGUUUACGACUACCCCGCGGAUCCAUGGCAUCCUCAUUAUCCGCAAUAUCACCACAGAGCCGUCCACGAGUACCAUCACCACAAUAUGGCGGCGGCGGCGGGGUACGGCGGCCUCUUACUCGGCGGGGCCCGGGGGCUGGGGCACCACACGUCACACCACGCAGCAGCCGCCGCCGCUCACCACGCGCACGCCGCCGCCUCCUACAAAGACUGGACGUCCGCCACGCCGCCGCAGUCCCUGGUGGACCCGGCGGCUGCGCCACCCUAUCCUCACGGCCCCUACGCACCCCUUCCUGGUCUGGAGUCGCAGGUGCAGGACUCGAAGGAUCUCUACUGGUUUUAAGAUACCGUGUGAAAAACGGCUGAGUUUACUUGCCCGAAUGAAAUUCGUGUGUUAUGUAUAUACAUCGUGUCACAUAUAUAAGUGAAGAAUUUCUUUUGGGGCAUGAUCGUGAAGAAGUCGCAACCGGAGGACGGAAGACGUGAUAGACAAUUUGUAGAAAGAAAUUUACUGAAUUUCCGAUUGAAGAACAGAAAAAAUACAAAAUAUACCGAAACUAUAAAGAGAGAAAAAGAACGGAUAGAAAAUAAAAUAACUAGUGAAGUAUAAAUGACGCUGUUCCUGAGUGUGCGUUUAAUAUUAAGGGCCUUGGUGCAACAUUACCUAUUGAAAGGACUCUGUUAUUAUACUGUUGAAUAAUAAGUAAUAAUCAUAAUGAUAAUAACAACAAUAUUAAUUCUUAAUAUAGCGUUGAAGUGUAUAUAGUGUUACCUAAAUCUUGUAAGGAUCUACUAUCAAUUAUAUAUAUAUACAUAUAUAUAUAACUAUACAUAUAUGUAUAAAUUAUAGUCUCUGCGCGCACUAUUUACCUUAUAGUGACGACAUGGCUGACGCUGAAAGGAAACUCUAGUUCAUAUAGCAAGUAGGAUAUAGAUUUAAAAAAUGUCCAAAUUUACCAACUAAUUACAUCGUUAUUGAAAUACAAAUAACUUCUAUAU